GCAGGAGCCCCGGCGCCCGGCGCGGGGCUCGGUGACAGCGGAGGCGGCGGCCGCCGGGUGGACGUAGGGAGCGGCGGCGGCGCCGACGGCAGAGGGAAGGGCGGACGGGGGCGGGCCUCCUUGGUGGCAGGAGCCGGAGGAACCUGGGAGGGGGCGGCCGGCGCAGCUCUCAGGCCGGACACCUGAACUUGGGACAAGUUGCCGGAGCCGCCGGGCGCAGGCGGCGGACGGAUUGACCUUCAUAGCUAGGUGAGGAAACUGAGGCUCAGAAUGGUGAAAUCUCUCUCGCUAGCUGGGAGCCGGAAGCCGCCAUGGCGUCGCGCAUCGGGCUGCGCAUGCAGCUCAUGCGGGAGCAGGCGCAGCAGGAGGAGCAGCGGGAGCGCAUGCAGCAGCAGGCCGUCAUGCACUACAUGCAGCAGCAGCAGCAGCAGCAGCAGCAGCAGCAGCAGCAGCAGCAGCAGCAGCAGCAGCAGUUGGGGGGGCCGCCCACCCCCGCCAUCAACACCCCCGUCCACUUCCAGUCUCCGCCACCCGUGCCCGGGGAGGUGCUGAAGGUGCAGUCCUACCUGGAGAACCCCACCUCCUACCACCUGCAGCAAUCCCGGGACCAGAAGGUGCGGGAGUACCUGUCUGAGACCUACGGGAACAAGUUUGCCGCCCACAUCAGCCCCGCCCAGGGCUCCCCAAAGCCCCUGCCAGCCGCCUCCCCGGGCGUGCGGGCCGGACACGUGUUGUCAUCCUCCGGCAACAGUGCUCCCAACAGCCCCAUGGCCAUGCUGCACAUCGGCUCCAACCCUGAGCGGGAGUUUGAUGUCAUCGACAAUAUUAUGUGUCUGGACGAUGUCCUGGGCUUCAUCAAUCCUGAAACUCAGAUGCCCAACACGCUGCCCCUGUCCAGCAGUCACCUGAAUGUGUACAGUGGAGACCCCCAGGUCACUGCUUCCCUGGUGGGCGUCACCAGCAGCUCCUGCCCGGCCGACCUAACCCAGAAGCGAGAGCUUACAGAUGCUGAGAGCCGGGCUCUGGCCAAGGAGCGGCAGAAGAAAGACAAUCACAAUCUCAUUGAAAGGAGGCGGAGAUUCAACAUCAAUGACCGCAUCAAGGAGCUGGGAAUGCUAAUCCCCAAGGCCAAUGACUUGGAUGUGCGCUGGAACAAGGGCACCAUCCUCAAGGCCUCUGUUGAUUAUAUCCGGAGGAUGCAGAAGGACCUGCAGAAGUCCCGGGAGCUGGAGAACCACUCUCGGCGUCUGGAGAUGACCAACAAGCAGCUCUGGCUCCGCAUCCAGGAACUGGAGAUGCAGGCGCGUGUGCAUGGCCUCCCCACCACCUCGCCAUCAGGCAUGAACAUGGCCGAGCUGGCCCAGCAGGUGGUGAAACAGGAGCUGCCCAGCGAGGAGAGCCCGGGGGAGGCCCUGCUGUUGGGGGCCGAGGUCCCCGACCCUGAGCCACUGCCAGCUCUGCCCCCCCAGGCCCAGCUGCCCCCGCCAGCCCAGCCAACCCAGCCACCGUCCCCGUUCCACCACCUGGACUUCAGCCACAGCCUGAGCUUUGGGGGCGGGGGCAACGAAGGGCCCCCAGGCUACCCCGAACCUCUGGGUCCAGAGCACGGCUCCCCGUUCCCCGACCUGUCCAAGAAGGAUCUGGACCUCAUGCUCCUGGAUGACUCACUGCUACCACUGGCCUCCGAUCCCCUCUUCUCCACCAUGUCCCCCGAGGCCUCCAAGGCCAGCAGCCGCAGGAGCAGCUUCAGCAUGGAGGAGGGCGACGUGCUGUGACCUGGGCCACGGGGGCGGGCCUGGGGGGUGGGAGGGCAGGGCCGCCUCCCUCCCACCCUCCAGCCUGCACUUGUGUGUGAAGUAGCCCCUGCCCUGCCUCCCUCCUCCCUGUCGGCCCCCUGUUUGGACUUAGUGCCCGCUUGGCAGCCCGUGGGGUCAGAAGCCCCCCCCACCCAGGGGCUGCCCUCUUGAUGGGACUGGGCAGGAGGAGGCCUUCAGCCUGGCUUCCAGAGGUGAGAUCAUGAGGGCAAGGGAGGGGACAGGGUGUGCUGGAGGUAAGACGAGGUCCUACCUUCUGAGCCUGGUCCCUCCACCAAUGAAGGAGGACUCGUUGGAAGGAGGGGUCCAGAAGUUCC